AUGAGUUCUGCUAUCAGCUUCAUAGUUAUCACUGAAACAAGAGCAAUGAUUUCUGUCUGCACACUCAGCCUUUCGUUUGCUGCUACCUUCCUGGCUGCUCCUUUAGUGAACCAAGAUAGCUGUGACUACCCACCUAGGUUAGUUUCUGCUGAGUUAACGGAUGAAUAUAAAGAAAAAGAUUUCUUUCCUGUUGGAUCAACAGUGAAAUACAAAUGUCGACCAGGUUAUGUGAAAAAGCCAGGGGCGUACUCUAGUACGUGUAAUACAAACCAGCAGUGGUCAAAAGUUCAGGAGCUUUGUAAACGAAAAACAUGUGGACAUCCAGGAGAACCAGAGGGUGGCAGAUUGCUUGUAACAGGCGAUUUUGACUUAGGAUCCACUGCAAUUUACCAGUGUGAUGAAGGGUAUAGGCUGAUUGGCAAGUCUACCAGAAAGUGUAAAGUAAGGGACAAUAAAAUGGAAUGGACUGAUGAAGUUCCCUUUUGUGAGAUUAUUCCAUGUUUGCCACCACCAAAGAUUCCCCAUGGACGCCAUAAUGGAGAGUAUUUGGAUUAUUUCUACUAUGCGACAGUUGUAAUCUAUAGGUGUGACAAAGGCUACCCUCUUAUUGGAAAUGACACUAUUACCUGUACAUCUAAGGAUGGGAUAAACGGAGAAUGGAGUGGCCCGUGCGUAUUGUGGAGUGGCAUGGUGCCAAUCUCCUCAGAUUAUGGUUCAAUGCCCACCACCCCAGACAUUCAAAAUGGGAUUCGCAGCAACCAGGAAACAGGAGUAUUUCCUAGUGGAAUAUUUGUGAAAUACACAUGCAAUCCUGGCUAUGCUCUGAUUGGAGAGGCAACUCUUCGUUGCACAAAUGCUGGCAGAUGGUCAUCUCCUGCCCCUAACUGUGAAGUGGUGCAAUGCCAGCCACCCCCAGACAUUCAAAAUGGGACUCGCAGCAACCAGGAAACAACAGUAUUCCCCAGUGGAAUGCUUGUGACGUAUACAUGCAAUCCCGGCCAUGCUCUGAUUGGAGAGGCAACUAUUCAAUGUAUAGAUAAUGGCAUGUGGUCUUCUCCUGCUCCUAACUGUGAAGGAGGUAGCUGUGGCAUCCCCAUUAGGUUAGACUUUGCAGAUCUGACUGAUGCGUAUCAGAAAAUGAAUUCCUUUCCUGUUGGGUCAUUGGUACAAUACAAAUGCAACCCAGGUUAUUUUAAGCACCCUCGAGUGAAUGCUUCUUCUAUAUGUAUCCGGAAUCAGGUUUGGUCAGAAGUUCCAGAAUUUUGUAUAAAAAAAUCAUGUGGACAUCCAGGAGAACCAGAAAAUGGUAGGCUGAUUGUAUCAGGAGAUUUUCUGUUUGGUUCUACAUUAAGUUAUACUUGCGAGGAAGGGUACAAACUGAUUGGACAGUCUUCCAGAAAAUGUGCCUUAAAUGGAAAAAGAGUAAAAUGGAGUGGCAACCUUCCUGAAUGUCAGCCUAUCUUGUGUUCAUCACCGCCAAAUAUUCCCCACGGCAAGCACACUGGAAAUUUUUUGAAAGAUUUCUUCUAUGGGACAACUGUAACAUAUAUGUGUGACAAAGGCUAUCCUCUUAUUGGAAAUGCCUCUAUUACCUGUACAUCUAAGGAUGGGAUAAACGGAGAAUGGAGUGGCCGUGCGUAUUGUGGAGUGGCAUGGUGCCAAUCUCCUCAGAUUAAGAAUGGAAAGAUUGUGGCUGGAGUUUCCAGCACCUACAAAUAUAACCAGAAAGUUAGCUUUGAAUGCAUUGGGGGCCAUGAGAUGGUUGGUUCCAGAGAGAUUCAUUGUCAAGUGGAUGGUACAUGGGAUCCCCCCAUGCCUGUCUGUGAACAGGUGGUUCAAUGCCCACCACCCCCAGACAUUCAAAAUGGGAUUCGCAGCAACCAGGAAACAGGAGUAUUUCCUAGUGGAAUAUUUGUGAAAUACACAUGCAAUCCUGGCUAUGCUCUGAUUGGAGAGGCAACUCUUCGUUGCACAAAUGCUGGCAGAUGGUCAUCUCCUGCCCCUAACUGUGAAGGUACCUUUUGUGACCAUAACAUUUCUUUCUAUAAGCUCUUGAAGGAUGGUGCAAUGCCAGCCACCCCCAACAUUCAAAAUGGGACUCGCAGCAACCAGGAAACAACAGUAUUCCCCAGUGGAAUGCUUGUGACGUAUACAUGCAAUCCCGGCUAUGCUCUGAUUGGAGAGGCAACUAUUCAAUGUAUAGAUAAUGGCAUGUGGUCUUCUCCUGCUCCUAACUGUGAAGGAGGUAGCUGUGGCAUCCCCAUUAGGUUAGACUUUGCAGAUCUGACUGAUGCGUAUCAGAAAAUGAAUUCCUUUCCUGUUGGGUCAUUGGUACAAUACAAAUGCAACCCAGGUUAUUUUAAGCACCCUCGAGUGAAUGCUUCUUCUAUAUGUAUCCGGAAUCAGGUUUGGUCAGAAGUUCCAGAAUUUUGUAUAAGUGAGUUUUGUUUUUCUGUUCUUAAAAAUAGGUGGAAAUAUUCUCGAUUUUUUGAAUGUGUUGUGAAUGUGUUCAUAAAAAAAUCAUGUGGACAUCCAGGAGAACCAGAAAAUGGUAGGCUGAUUGUAUCAGGAGAUUUUCUGUUUGGUUCUACAUUAAGUUAUACUUGCGAGGAAGGGUACAAACUGAUUGGACAGUCUUCCAGAAAAUGUGCCUUAAAUGGAAAAAGAGUAAAAUGGAGUGGCAACCUUCCUGAAUGUCAGCCUAUCUUGUGUUCAUCACCACCAAAUAUUCCCCACGGCAAGCACACUGGACAAAUUUUGAAAGAUUUCUUCUAUGGGACAACUGUAACAUAUAUGUGUGACAAAGGCUACCCUCUUAUUGGAAAUGCCUCUAUUACCUGUACAUCUAAGGAUGGGAUAAACGGAGAAUGGAGUGGCCGUGCGUAUUGUGGAGUGGCACGGUGCCAAUCUCCUCAGAUUAAGAAUGGAAAGAUUGUGGCUGGAGUUUCCAGCACCUACAAAUAUAACCAGAAAGUUAGCUUUGAGUGCAUUGGGGACCACAAGAUGGUUGGUUCUAGAGAGAUCUAUUGCCAAGUGGAUGGUACAUGGGACCCCCCCACUCCUGUCUGUGAAUUUGUGGUUCAAUGCCCACCACCCCCAGACAUUCAAAAUGGGACUUGCAGCAACCAGGAAACAGGAGUAUUUUCCAGUGGAAUUCUUGUGACGUAUACAUGCAAUCCCGGCUAUGCUCUGAUUGGAAAGGCAACCCUUCAUUGCACAAAUGCUGGCAAAUGGUCAUCUCCUGCCCCUAACUGUGAAGGAAAAUCAUGUGGACAUCCAGGAGAACUAGAGGGUGGCAGAUUGCUUGUAACAGGAGAUUUUCGCUUUGGUUCCACUGUAAAUUACCAGUGUGAGGAAGGGUAUAGGCUGAUUGGCAAGUCUUCCAGAAGCUGUGCAUUGUUUGGUGAAACAGUGGCAUGGACAGGUGACCUUCCUUAUUGCCAGAUAGUGCAAUGCCAGCCACCCCCAGACAUUCAAAAUGGGAUUCACAGCAACCAGGAAACAUUAUUUUCCAGUGGAACACUUGUGAAAUACACAUGCAAUCCUGGCUAUGCUCUGAUUGGAGAGGCAACUAUUCAGUGUAUGGAUAAUGGCAGAUGGUCUUCUCCUGUCCCUAACUGUGAAGAGAUUGAAUGUAAGUCACCUCCAGAUAUCCAGAAUGGGGUUCACAGCAACCAGGAAGUAAUAGUAUUCAAAAGAGGAAUGUAUGUGAAAUAUACAUGCAACUUUGGCUAUACUCUAAUUGGAGAUGCUACUAUUCACUGCGCAGACUCUGGCACGUGGACCUUUCCUGCCCCUCAUUGCGAAAAAUCACAGUGUUCCUUCCCUCCAAGCAUAGCCAAUGGAAAACAUGAUGGUUUAGCUUUGCAAAUGUUUACUUUUAAAAUGUCUGUAACCUAUUCUUGUGAUCCGGGCUAUUUGCUUAUUGGAAAGGCAUCUAUUUUCUGUGGACCUUCUGGAAACUGGAGCCUUCCGGUGCCAUCCUGUGAAGAUAUGGAGACUACCAAACUCCCAAGUGACUCCCAGGUUACCAAGGAUGGGAAUAAUCAAAUAGAAAAAAUAACUGGAUCAUUCAUAAAAAACACAAUACAUUCAGAAAUCAACAAAACAACUACCAAGGAUUUAGCAACCACCUUAACCCCAGGCCUUGGAGGAGAGUCAAAUAUUCAAAGACUUCCAGAACAAUUGAAUGGUGGGAACCAAACAGACCGAUUGAAUGGUGGGAACCAAACAGAUGCUUUUCCAGAGGUUAGAAAUUGCAGUGGAGAAGUAGAUGGCUGCCCGCUCCCACCACUUUCUGAUAGCACCGAAGCAGAAACAAAUAGUGUGAUUCAGACUAGUGCUAAUGUGAUUCUGGAGUGUGAAAAUGGCUAUGUCAGGAAUGAUUCUUCUCCUAUUCAAGCGCAGCAGAUAGGACAGGAUGCCCCUGUGCCAGCAUGUGUACAGAGUAAACAAGACUCCUACAGUUUUGCUACAAUAGGUUUUGGUUCUUUGGGAAGUAUCCUGUUGCUUCUCCUCAUUUUUGGUGGUGUGAUGUGGAUUGUCCUUUUGCAAAAGAAAAAACACAAUUGUACCUGUGAAGCCCAAAGAAGGUAUUGUGUUGCUAGUUAUGAAGAUUCCCCACUCUAAAAAGAAAAAAAAUUGUCUUCAUAGCUACAGGACAAGAUAUUAUUCUUAAUUGGCAAUUUCUUUUGAGCAAGACAUAUGCUGACAUUGAUGGUUAUACUAUGAGAAGCAAUGAAUGCAUAAUAUACUCCUGGAAAAUAAAUAUGAAGCAGAGUCAUUGAUAUGACAUAGCCAUGAUUUUGAUAUAAAAAUCAAGAGCCAUAAAUGCUUAAAAAGUAAUGGAUUAUGUAAUGAUCGUGCUACAAAAGCUAAAAUUAUCAGGUAACAUUCUCUUGAACUACAUACCAGUACAGGGAAUUUGACAACUGAACAAUAUACAGUAAAUUGAUUCUUCAUGCCCUUAUUAUGACCAAAAGACUGGAACUUGGGAAGAUAAAUGUAUGUCCCCUUUUACUCAACAAACUGAAAAAUUGGUUGCAGUUGUCCCUCAUGAGUGAAUUGCUUAUAGAAGAUUGUGUAUGGGCAAAUAUAAUGAAAUAUGGAACACAUUUAUAGAGAAUACAAUAGGUUAAAAGUUGUAUGAAUGUAUCAUAUAUACUUUUGAAUAACAUUUGCAUUAGAGAAGUAUGUAUAGAUUUGUGACCAUUUAUUGUUGACAUACAGUAUAUUAUGCUUUUUGUUGCACUUUUUCACUUUGUUAUAGCAUUCUUUUUAUUUGAUAAUUAUGAUCACUAUUUUUUGUUUUGUUAUGAACCAUGUAUGCAUAAAUAAAUGUUUUAUUACUCUGGACUUCACCUAGGCCUUUGGCCUAGGUGACUUGAGACCCUCCCACUUCAUUGUGCUUGCCAUCUUUUAUGUUGUAUUUAUUUUUUUGUGAUGUCUUUCAAUUGUUGUAAGCUGCCCAGAGUUGUUGAGAGUCUGGCAGCAUAUGAAUUUAAUUAUCCAUUCAUAUUCCAUAUUCAUUAAGCAGCAAAUACUUGAAGUGGUGGUACUAGGAUAUCCAAUACAUAAUAAUAAAUCAAUUUAUAUUUUUAGAAAUUAUUAAAACAAUUCUAGGUUCAAUCUGAAAAUAAAUUU